AUGGAAGAAGAAAUAGAAACACAAAAAGUUUUAGUAGUUUGGGAAUCUAAUUGUGAACUUAAAGAUGUUAGGAUCAAAUGGUUCGAAAAUAAAGAAAAUAAUAUAAUAGAAUUAUUGAAUAUUUCCGAUAUACUCAUUCCAAUAAAAAUUGAUAAUUCUCAUUAUGUAUAUAAAACGAAAAUUGGACCAUUUAAAAAUGUUUCAAAAUAUUCUUAUGAAAUUAUUCAAAUUAAUGAUGAUUUAAUUAUUUCUAAUUCUUUUCACCUUUUUCCAAAUAAUCCUAAUAAUAAUUCUAGUUUAACAUAUCCAAUUAAAGUAGUGGCAUUUUCAGAUAAUCAAUUUGGUCUUAAUAUAUUUAAUCAUUUAGUACAAUCAGCUUUUGAGAGACAUUCACCAAAUUUUAUUCUUCAUGGAGGUGAUGCAGUACAACAAUUUGGAAAUCUUCAACAAUGGCAAACCGAUUUUUAUGAUCCUUUAACAAAUUUUCAAUUAUCUCAACAAGCUCCAUUCAUUUAUGCUCAUGGAAAUCAUGAUCAUGAUCCUAAACAAUUAUAUACGUAUACAACGAAUUCACUUUGGUAUUCAUUUACAUUAGCCAAUACACGUUGGAUCAUUUUAGAUAGUAAUGAAGAUGAUUUAAGACAAGAUGAAUGGUUAUUAAAAGAACUUUCUUCAAUUGAAACCCAAAGUGCUGGAUUUAAAAUUGUGGUCGUACACAUUCCACCUUUUGUGGAAUUUUGGGAUCCCGAAACAUGGAAUGGAAAUAAUGAAAAACAUUGGGGUGAAUUUGUUCGUACAAGAUUUGUUCCAAUGUUUCGUACUCAUGGUAUAGAUUUAGUAAUAAGUGGACAUCAACAUAAUUAUCAACGAGGUCAAUUGGAUGGAACUGUAUAUGCCAUUAUUGGUGGUUCCGGUGGUGAAUUGGAUCAUGAAAUAGUUGAAGAUUGGAAGAUGUAUGUUGUUACAAAACAAACUCAUCAUUAUGUAUUAAUAGAAAUUUGGUCAGAAAAGAUAUUUUGGGUGGUUUACAAUUUGGAAGGAAAGAUAAUUGAUAGAUUUGAAUUGGUAAGAACAAAAGGAGGACGUAGGCAAGAAGGAAAUUAUCAAUCCUUUGCAAAUUCAAACCAAAGCCAUAAUAACCGAAAUUCAAAAAAUAAAUGGAACAAUAACAAUAACGCUCAACAUCCCGUAAACUCUGUACCGAGGAGCCAAACUAUUCCACCAGCUACACAACCCUCUAAUAACUAUCAUAACACUAAUAAUACAUCACACGCAACACCAUCUGGAACAAAACCUAUCGAAGUAGUUGUGCAUGAUGAAGUCUCCGCAAAUCAUAUGCACGAUCGAAUGUUGUAUUUACUAUCGAAUUUCGUGGGUAUAAAUGUCGUAGUAACGGUUAAAACCGGAAUAAAAUAUCAAGGUCUUUUUCAUGCAGCUUAUACAGAGGGUGAAUUAGGAGUCGUUUUAAAAUUAGCAAGAAAAGUAUUAACUAAGGCGGAAGAAAAAAAUCAGACGAAUCGUGUGAUACCCACAUUCAUUAUACCUCACAGUCAUGUAAUGGAAAUUCUUGCAUGCAAUGUUGAUUUUUCCACUUCGACCGAUACUGAUAUCACUGGAAAUCGGACUGAGAUUCGAGAACGAGAACUUCACAAAUGGACACCGGAUGAAUCAGGAGAGACUAUGAAGGGUUUAGAAGAAGAUGUGAGCCCUGAGUCUAAUAAUGCGAGUUGGGAUCAAUUUGCUGCGAACGAACAAUUAUUCGGACUGACAACCGAUUUUAAUGAAGAAUUCUAUACGACAAAGUUAGAUAGAUCACGGGCAGAUUUUAAAGAACGUGAGAGACAAGCGAUCGCUAUUGCUAAUGAGAUUAAUAAGACCGCUUCCACAAACACCCAUAUAUUGGAAGAACGAGGUUACCUGGUUGAAGAAAUAGUAAAAAAACAAGAAACAGUCAAGGAGUCCAAUAAAGAUGUUAAACCUAAACCUGUCGAAGAAUCCAAACAAAAUAUAAAAUCGGUACCGCCGUCAGUGACUUCUAUCACUCCCUCACCUUCGCUACAAAAAAUUCCACCAUUUGUUCCAAAUUCUUCAUUGGCUCCAAAUGCUUCAUUGACUCCAAAUGCUUCAUUGACUCCAAAUGCUUUAUUGACUCCAAAUCCUUCAUUGGCCCAUUUCAGAAUUACAGAACCUGCUAUGGCAGCAUUGAACUCACAUACGCAAAAGAAACCUGGUACUGAUUCAGAGGGUAAACCAAUUGAAGUAACGACAUUCAGAAAAUUUGCAACCAAUGAAAAAGAGCGUCUUCAACAGAGAAAACAAGCGAUAGUUAAGAAAGAGAUGGAUGGUAAAGUGGCUGAAUUAAUCAAAUGGAGAAAAGACUUUAAGUUAAAUAAACCAUUACCACAAGAUCUUAUUCCAAUUCUUACUAAGGAUAAAUCAAAGCAGCUCCAGCUUGAGCUUGCCGUAAAUAAUAUUCCAAAUGCAUCAGAAUUUACACCGCCGAUUAUAAAAAUUGAAGAGGAAAAACCUCAAAAAUCUAAUGGUGAAUUAAAAGUCACAUCAGAUAAACCCACAUCCACAGCUGACAAAGCCCCGCCACAAUUUCCACCUUCCAGAACACAUGUAACACCACAUUCAAACCAACAUACAGCAUCACACACAACAACACAUACAACAUCGAGUACUCAAUUUAAACUAAACGUAAAAGCAUCUGAAUGGAAACCUAAUCCUAACGCGGCAAGUUUCACUCCGACUCCCAAUACUACUGGAGAUAAAAGAUCUCCAGGAUCCUCGCCUUUCUUUGGAAAUCGUCAAUUAAAGAAAAGUUCGGCAACGCUAAAAGAUGGAUUUAAUCCUUUCCAGAAGGGAAAACCUUUGGCCCCUAGUUCAAUUCCACCAACGUGGCCUUUUGGUCAAAGACCUUUCAGGCAUCAUUUUAGUGUAACAAAUAAUUAUGACGACGAUAUCUAUCCGCAAACUGCUGUAAAUCAAGGCUUCGGGUUCGCUUAUCCUGUAGCUACACCUUACCGAUAUCCAGCUGGAACACAAUUCGUUGGUGUUCCACCCAUGCCUAUGCAACAGGCAACUCCCAUACAAUACAUGCAGCAAGGGUUUGUCCCCGGUAUGCCUUUCACUACAGCACCCAUGCCACCAACCGGCGGUCCACCUACAAUGUACAGUCCGCAGAUUCCAUCAGUGAUGCCACAACAUUUUGGCUCACAAGGAUUUCCUUCACCCGGUCGUACGCCAAUGGUUCCCGCUGGUAUACAUCCUCAAAUGUAUCAACCAUAUCAAAAUCCACAUGGAUUACCACCGAUGAUUCGCUAUCCACAUGAUAUGGUUCCGCACGUUCCCCCAAAUGGUGUGAUGAUGGGUCAACGGCCGAUGAUGAUAGAUCCACAUUAUGUACAAAACGAGAAUACACCAAUGGAAGUAAUGCAAGUUUCUGAUCAAACGACAAACCAAUAA